AAAAAAGAAUGUUACAUUACUAUUCCAAAGAAAUUAUCGUAUACUGAUUUAAAAGAUAAAGUAAUCAAUCAAUUAAAAUUGGAAAGUAUACGAGACACUUUAAUUGUAGCAGUGAAUGAAGAAUUUGUUUCUUCGGAUACAACGUUAGAACUUUCUGAAAAAGACGAGAUUGCAGUGAUUCCACCACUUAGUGGAGGUUAGAAUGGCAGCUCCAAAAGAUAUUGUUAAAUUACAGCAGGAAGAACUAAAUAUUCAAGAAAUAAUCGAUUCAGUAACAUCUCCAAAUUGUGGAGCCAUAUCUACUUUUAUCGGUGUUACUCGUGAUAAUUUUGAUAAUAAAAAGGUUGUAAAGUUAGAAUAUGAAGCAUAUGAAACAAUGGCAUUAAAGGAGAUAAAUAAUAUAUGUGUAAAGAUUCGUUCUCAAUGGAAUGUUCAUCACAUAGCUAUUAGUCAUCGUCUUGGUGAAGUACCUGUAUCUAAAGCAAGUAUAGUUAUUGCUAUUUCAUCUCCUCAUAGGGAAGAAUCAUUGAAAGCUGUUGAGUAUGCUAUCAAUGCACUGAAAGCCUCAGUUCCAAUAUGGAAGAAGGAAAUAUAUGAUACGCAAGAAACACAAUGGAAAGAGAAUCAAGAAUGUGCCUGGUCAAAUAUUAAUAAUAAGAGAGAUUUACAAGAAUCAGAAGAAAUUACAAUAUCAAAUGAAAUAGUAGAAACUGUGGCAGAAAAUUCUGAUGUAUUUAACAGUGAGGAGGAAGAGGAAGAAGAAGAAGAAGGAAAGGAAGAAUCUAAAGUUAUAAUCGAUCCAAAUCUUAUUCAAAUUCGUGCCACAUCCGAUGAAUUGAAUCAUAGGAUAUCUUCUUUCAUUGAAAGAAAACGUCAACAAGUGAACAUUGUAAAUGUACAAGAAUUUUGUUGCCACAGAGAUCAAAGUGAUGAAAAUGAAGAUUCAUGUGCAAGAGUUGAUGCUAUUCUUAUUAGGCGAAAAGAUUCUAAAAGUCACGUCAAAGUGCACAGAGUACUUAAUGCAUGGGGACCACAAAUGGUUGAUCAGCAUACCUUGCGUAAGGCUACUAUGUCAGGAACAAAUCAAACAAAUAGUAAUUAUUCAUCUGUAUUAGAUGAUAGAAUCUCGACCACCGAAAGAAUUCUAGGAAUAAAUCGGCCUGUUCCUAAAGAUGUAUAUGAAAGACUUAAAAAUAUUGAAGAUAGAAUUCUGUAUUUAGAAGGCAUAUCACCUGAAUAUAAAGAUUUUUGGAAAGCAGAAGAUAUUAAUAGUCUCAAAGGAACAUUUAAACCAGUUAGAAAAAGGACAUAUUCUAUGGCUGAACUUGAUUCUAAAUUACAUGAACUAGAAGAUAAAUAUGCAAAGAAAAUAAAAUAAUUGUUAUAUGAAGAAUAUAAUGAAAUUUAUGUAUUAUGGAAAAUGAA